CAGCUGUCCGAGGUUAUGGUUAUCAAACAACAUUUCCCAUGAGCCUUUUAGUUGAUGACUUCAUAAAACAGGAAGUAAACAUGAAGGAAAAUGUCAUCAAGCGGCUUCACUGAGCCAUGACAGAUCGCACAGGUGUGCCGUUUCCCUGGCCUGCGUGACCCCUGCUUCUCUCUGUGAGAGUGCUCAGGGCCAUGGCUGAGGUGAUGGGACAGAGGAGCCUUAUGGGCUUCGGUGUGUUGCUGGCUUGGCUCUUGCUUUUCCACCUGCUGGUCAAUAUUUGGCUCCUAUGUGUGUUCACCAGCUUGCUGCUGGUGCUCGGAGGCUGGUUUGGCUCUCAGGCUAUCCUGGAGUCCAACAGCUUGGUUCACCUGGAGAGGUUCAUCAAUCUGGAACAGGUUCAGUCAUCUGCAGAGGACAAAGAACAUUUGGACCAGGAGAUCCAUAACACAGUGAGAAAAAUAAUCAGAGACUUUGUCAUUUCAUGGUACUCUACUGUUUCCACAGAGAGUAGUUUUGAAUUAAAAGUUCAUGAAGCCAUGAUCUCUAUGGCCAUGAAGCUGAAACUGCGCGCCAAACACAUUGACAGAAAGGAGCUGACACAGAAGGUCCUGAACCUGGUGGGCGGCCACCUGCAGGACUACCUCACGGCCAAGGAGCUGGCCAAAGAAAAAUAUCGCAGUGAGAGCGAACAGUUGUGGAAAGCGUAUUCCUCUGUCGCCACUCCUCACGUUGCUAUGAGCGACGACUCAGCAGAAGUCAACUACGUCCGAGCCAUUGUGGCUCUGCUGCUGCAUAUUUUGGUGCCAUCACCUCAUUUAGAAACCAACACAGGACGGUUUGUUGUUGGAGAGCUUAUCACCUCUAAUGUCUUUCUUCCUCUAGUGGCUAAACUGUCAGACCCUGACUGGUUAAACCUCCUGAUCAUAGAAAUCCUCUGUAAGUCCAGCACACCACUGGAUACUGUAGCAUCCAAACUAGAGACUUGCAGCUUGCCACUACCUGCUGCUGAAUCUGAGGCUCCAACUCUACAGUGUGUAACUCAGGCAAACAGUGAGUCACUUCAACAAGGAGCAGAGACGGAGCUGACUGAUGACACGGAAGCUGCUCUGCCUGAACUCCAUGCCUACGAUGCGACUGACACAGAAGAGGUGAAGUUCCCCCAGACAUUCUCUGGAGAAGAGGAAGCUUCUCGACCCUUUUUAAGAUGCUACCUGAGAGGAAGGAAGUCCAACCCAUUUUACCAAGAAACUGACUCUGAUCCUGACUCUCCUCUGGCAGACUACAAACCCACCUCCACUGAUUCUUUGCUCAUGAUGGGUCAAGAAGACACACUGUAUGACAGAUCCAGAAAUUACAUUACAACUGCUGAGGACAACAAUAGUAUAGACUUGGAGGAGGUUUCCCCAAGUCCAGUGGACAGCUCUUAUCCUAAGGUCUUGUUGAAUUCAGUACUUGUGGACAGUCCUAAUGACGGGUGCCUGUCAUCACUGAGGGACACAGAGGUAACUUGCAGUACCGACAGCCUUCGGGAUCUGAAAAGAGAAAACAGUUCCCCUGGAGUGAGUCGAAGCAGAGAGCUUGUCUUGGGGGUAGAGCCGACUGGAUUGGGGAAUCCUAGCGAGCUGAUCAUGGCUAGUCCACUGCAGGGCUGUUCUCCCGUGUCGACGUUUAGUUUUGAGCCCCUCAGCAGUCCAGAAGGACCGGUCAUCAUCCAAAACCUCCGCAUCACUGGUACCAUCACAGCCAAAGAACAUCGCGGCACUGGCUCACACCCAUACACACUUUAUACCAUCAAAUAUGAGACGUUGGUGGGUUGUGAGAACCUGGAAAGCAUCCAAGCAGGCUCUGAGCUUAUGGAGUCUAUACAGAUAGGCUCAGAGAAUCCAACUCCUAUCCAGCCUGUGGCAUAUCACAUGGUCAACAGAAGAUACAGCGAGUUCCUUAACCUACAGACUCGACUUGAAGAAAAAUCAGAACUGCGGAAACUCAUCAAAGGUGUGAAAGGUCCAAAGAAAGUUUUUCCUGAGAUGCCAUUUGGAAACAUGGACAGUGACAAGAUUGAGGCAAGGAAAGGACUUCUUGAAACCUUCUUAAAGCAACUGUGUUCCAUCUCUGAAAUAGCCAACAGUGAAGAGAUGCAGGAGUUCCUUGCUCUCAACACAGAUGCUAGGAUUGCCUUUGUGAAGAAACCGUUCAUUGUGUCUCGCAUAGACAAGAUUGUGGUGAAUGCUAUUGUAGGCACCCUGAAGACAGCAUUCCCUCACUCUGAACCUCAGAGCCCCACCGAGGACACUGAGUCCGAGGUGGAUGGAGGGAAGAUGGGUACAGACAAGAAGAACCGCUCACGUCUCAAACUCUCCAGCAAAGGCGUCCUCUUCAUGAACGGCUCAGAAAUUAGGCCUCCUGUGUCGUUUGUUUGGGACCAAACCAGUACAGUGUUUAAUGGCAUGACUCUGGUGGAUUUACAAGCCUUCAUUACUGAGGAGGAAAAGUCGUUGCAGAAGGAAACAGAGAUGGAGGGAGGUCCAGUGUUAGGGCAGUGGGUAGGCUGCCGGGGUCAUGGUGUGAGAGCAGAGCAGUGUGAGGAACACGACUCAGCAGGUGGAAUGUCCCAGGCCAAGGUGGCUCUGAACAUCCUGUGUCUUCUGAUGAAGGAGCAGUGGAGCUGGCUAUGUUCAAAAAACAUCCAGAAGACUGUCAGGCUGCUGUUUGGAACCCUCAUUAACAGAUGGCUUGAUGUGAGUGUAGCCAACCUGACGUGCACCAAGUACUGGGUGGUGUACCUGCAGGUAAUCCAGGAGGCAGUGUGGCCGGGAGGCACGCUGCCAGCCGCCCCGCCACCUCAUCGCAGCCAGCAGCAGAAAGACAGCAGCAAGCAGCAAGCCUUAGAUGGUCUGAUGAAACUUCUGCCAGAUGUGGUCUCAGAUAUGCUGGGUUCUGAUAAGUACAGGCUGAGCUGGCAGACUGCGCUGGAUUCUUUUCAAGACCCUUACAUUAACAGACACCUGGUCUACUGUAUAUUUGAUCUUCUGUUGGACUUCCUGGUUCCUGAAUUACCAGAGGACGAUUUCCAGAGAAGCCUCCUGCAGACUCUCUCUAAGAAGCCAGAAAAGAUGCUGGCAUGAGAAGAGAACCCAAAUGCAGCUCGAUUAUUUUUCUUUCCUUGAGCCUAACUGACCUGCUGGUGAAAAGCUUGGGGAAUGUUCCUGUUCCAGUAAUAUCAGGUCAUGACUGUGACAGUUGUUGUUUCUGAGUGUGUUUACCUUCUUCUGUGCUUAUUUUAAACUCCUUAGACCACUUUGGUGACAUCCUAAGGUAACAUAGUUACAUUAGUUACUGAAGUUAUUUAACAGUGUUACAUGCACGCUGAAUUUCAAUCUGCUGUUGACUGUAAACCAUACCCGGUUUGUGUUGGAUCCCAGAGACCGGCGUAUCUUUUGUUCCAAUGCGAACAUGUGGUAAAACCUCGCCCCAUCUCCAAAUCUGGCCUUCUGUUGCCUGCAUAAUUUGCCAACUUUAACUAAACUGUCUUCAGAUGCUUGAUCCUUGUCCAAUGUUGCUUGAUCCAAUGUGACGGUUUCUCCAUCCCAGGGCUCCACAUGUUAUCCUGACAAAAUGUGAGCUUUAUUUCCCAGAAUCUGAGCUUUCCUGCGGGAUUUACCUGGCAAGCGUCAAUGUGCAGGAAAGGUACACGCACGCUGUAUGGGAUGAGUUUAGAGCUGUCCAGGAAAGGUUUUUUUGUACUGGUUUUACAAGCUUAUGUCUCAGCUGUUUAAGAAGGCCUUUUAUGAAACGAAACUGGGCAUCAACUAAAACAUUACAUAGGUGUAGGAUCAAUAUUGAUAUAACUUCAAUUAAAACCACAAAACCAUUCUGAAAGAGUUUGUGAUAUACGGUGUGUCAACAUGUAAUGGUGAUAAGUAAUGCUGCCGCUGACUCUUAUACAACUCUGAGCAGAAAUACACCACAUGAAACAUGUGAGUUCUUUGCUGCCAUCUGUUCAAGGUAUUUCACAUGAAUUUGUGAAAGUCUGUGUCCUUGAUGGUCACAGACUGGUCUUUUCUUUUGAUUAUUUAGCCCCAGUUAGUCAUAAUUCGACAGUUAUUAAAUGUUGUGAGACAUGUGUGUUUGAGUUAUGGUGAAACAUUGUGUACAGAUAUGUUAAAGGAAGUUCACUUGCAUUUCGUCUCUGGUGGGAAGAUUACGGUUCGGUACAGCGUCCCAUACAGACCACUAUCCCACCGUUUCUGGGCCCCCUCCGUCUAUAGCACAAUGGUAUGAUUAGGGUGGAGCUGCUGGUACCUCACGUCACAGUCCAGUGAUUGGAGGACAGAAAAACAUCAUUAGUUGGAACAAGUUUGAGACAUACUAAUGCGUCAUGUUUGCCAUGCCACUACUGUGACCAACAUUAGGCAUUUAGGUUUAACUUCACCUGCCCAGUGAGAGUCCAACUAGUGGAAGAAACACUGGCAAGUUAUCAGUCAAUAUUCCCAUAUCAGCUGUACAAAUAUGUCAUAUUGCCAUGAGUUUGUAGAAAAGUAAAGCCACCCUUAGCAUGGUGGAAGGCCUACAUCUAGACGACCGGACUCUGGGUUACUUAUUGAACACAACUGGUUAUGAACUGAAACACAAUGCUGUAGUAGUAGAUUCACAGUACUACAAUCACCCAUUGAUAAGUUUGCCAUUGUUUUGUCAGGUGAAAAGAUACCUGUGAUACUACACAACAUUUCCAUCUGUUGAGUCAUGCUGGCUGUAUUAGUCCACAUCAACAGUCUUUACAACAUGUUUAACUGCAAUCUUUUCUUCUUCUUUUAAAAGAAAGCUGAAUGUACCGUUCAUGGUCUGUUAGAUUCCGAUGGGAAAAGCUGUGAAACCUUUGGUUUGCCAGCAUGUGGUGUUAAUAUCCACAGUAUAUACAGCAAAAAGAACAAGAAAAAGGAAUAAAAGAUUCCUAGCAUAGCAUUGCUAAAGCAGUACUUAGCUAGGCUCUGCGUUGCUAAAUAUUUGGCUUACUGUGGACAGGGCCUGCAAUUUCCAAGACUGCUGUAACGUUGUUUAACUGAAAAACUGAAUGGCCACUUGUUAAAGAUGUGCAUGGUGCAUAUCUGCUACUUUAUAGCUGCAUGCCAUGGACAGAAAGAUCUUCAAUUUUUCAGUCACUUUAAAUAGCUGCAAUCAGCAGUCUAUCUUUAGUUGUUAGGUCUUUCUCUCUUUUUUUUUUUUUACAAACUGACUACGAUAUGUUGUCUUUCCACUACAAGUGAUGGAAGAUGUUUCAGAAAAAACUUCAUGGAACCUAACUUCAGAAAAUCCAAUCUAUUCCUUUAAGGAUCAUGCUGCCACCUUAAUAAUACAGUUGAAGGUUUUGCACUUUGAAAUGAUUGCCUUAGCAUUUGAUGGCAUUUGAGUGACAAAGUACAAAAACUUUUUUCUCCAAAUAAUAUAAUUGUGUUUGUUGCAAAACACGUUAUCAGUCCAUGUGUUAGAGACAGGUGGAACUUCAGUGAGUCAGCAGCUCGUUUUCUUCCUUCAAAGCAUCAUGAGCUAGUGAUAGAUGUUACAGAUCUAAUGUCAUUCUAGUGUUUUGCACUCAUUAAGUUGUCUUCAUUUUGCCUUUAAUUAAUUAUUUUCUUUCUAAUUAUUAUUAUUCGGUGUAUUCAUGAACCUGUUUAUUUGGUGCAGUAUAUAAACUAAGCUAGUCUUGACUUCCGUCCAUAAUAUAAGAUGUGACAAUGCUAAUAUAUAAACUCUUUCUGAUGAUUUAGUUUAGAUUUAUCUUCUUUGUUAGCUUGACAAUAAAUAAAUACAUAAAAAAUUCACUAACUUCUUUUUAGUUAAAAAGCCAAAAAAAAUAAAUAAAUAAAUAAAAGUUUCUAAGCAACCAGUGCCUGAAAGUUGUGGAUUUCUCUUUUUGUGUCUUUAUUUUGUAUAAAUCUAGAUUCCUUUUAACUAAUAAGCUAACAGCAGAACAGGACCAAGAAGAAAGCUAAUUUCUACUGUCCUAAACCAAUUCUAGUGUAAAACAUUUACACUACAUUGCAUCCAUUUUGGAGUCCAUGUUUUGCAUGGUAAAGUCAUUAUGAAUUGUUUUCUUUUUUGUACUAAACAAUAAACUCUGAGGUUAUUAGUGGUCUAAUGCACGUCUGACAAUGGUUAAGACGUUUUUAAAAUGACAUUGCAUCAACUACCACAACAUUGUCACAGUUUUAGGAUCGUAGAAAUCUGCUUUGGUUUAGACCUAACAUGGUCUAGCUGUUAGCCUUAGCCUCAAAGAACACCUCAUUUGGAUUUGCACAUAACAAAGACCUUAGGAGGAUUCUCUGCUUCAAGUGAGAUGUUGACUCAUCGUAACCUCUCAACAAAACCCCAUUUUAUAAAAAUAUCUGGGCUUUGCAAGGCAGUUGUAUGAGGGGGAAGGGUCAGUUUUAUCCUGUUACCAUAUGAAAGCUUACAGGAUGCAUGUGAAUUUAUUUGACAACCAUAUUUUAUGAAGGUUUGUUUAAAAUUAUAUUAAAAUUAAAUUAAAGAAUGUACUGUAUCUACUAAUUCUGAUUUCCUAUAAUGCAUUAAUAAACAAUGAAUUACCAAUACAUGACCAGUGAAACUUGUACUCGCUGUAUAGCAUAAUGUACACAUUGCAGACUGUCACUCACUUGAUCAGGGCCAUGCAGAAGGUCUGUAACUGUACAUAAUUUUUUGAUAUCACCUCUGCGAGAUCUAGAUUUGUGAGGUUGAGAAAAAAAUUAUUGUCUUUAGAUUUUACCAUUCAGCAGAAUCUUGAGAAAUAUCCAUGCAUUUAAGCUUAGUCGAUUACUGUAACAGUGUCUUCAUAGGUCAGCCUAAAAUAUCUUAAAGGUCUACUGAGGGUCUAGGGUCCUAUACAUGCUUGCAUUGUAACACAAACCAUAUAUCUAAACCUUUACCGUUUGUCUUUUGAGUAUGACAAUGCUAUUCAAGUUUAUUAAAUUUUUUCAGCAGAGAUACAUUUAAAAAUAAAUUGUACAUUUAGGAUUUAAUUAGGAGGUUUUCUUUGUAAAAGGGCAAAGAAUCUUCUUGAUAGUUUGAUUGUUACGUUACCAUGGCUACAAUAUGGUGUAAUCUUUGUGUUUGGGUUUGUUCACAAAUACAUCUCAGUAAAUAAAAGCCAAUAAUCAGUGAUUGAUUUUAAGCUCAGGAAAUUACCCUGGCCCCCUUCUCACAGAUUCACUAAAUCAAUAUUUAAACAGUGAUGUUGAUUUUCUUAGUAGAAAGAACAGAGGCCGUUUUGUUUGUUCAGGGUGGAUUUUAUCCAAUAUGUCAGCAUCGGUGUGAACUGCCUGGUUGUCGCAUUAUGCUAAGGUGCAGCAGAACGCGAACAGUGAGCAGGUGGUACCGUUUCUUUAUAUCAGGAUUUCUACCCUAACCCUCAGAUUCACAACAUCAUAAAUCUCGUUUUUGCUCUACUCCUGGGAACACUCAGACACACCGUAGUUAGACGUUCAUUAUUUACCACUGUACUUUACAAGAGAUCAGUAAAGUACAGUUUGCUUGUACAGUCAGGGGGAUUCUGUAAUAUUCUAACUGUUUAUGAGAAACUAAACAGCUAUAGAGACGCUACAGGUCCGCUGAGUCCUGACAUGUUGGCCACUUCUUUGGAUUCCAUUUCUUGUGUUUUUCUGCUCUACAGUUAGUGGAUGUGUAAACAUUUUCAAGUGUCUGUAUAAUAAAGUUACCAAAGCAUGAA